AUGUUCGGCGAAAUUCCCCACAGAGACCCAGUUUCAUGGGCUUCGAUUCUCACCGCCCACAACCAAGCCAACUUUCCCCACAGAAGCCUGUCCAUGUUCCCCGACAUGUUGGCUCUUGAUGGGUUGCAGCCAGACCAUUUUGUCAUUGCAACCCUUGUUAAGGCUUGUGCUAACUUGGGUGCUUUGAGAAUAGGCAAGCAAGUGCAUGCCCUGUUUGUAUUGUCACCAUUUUCGGAUGAUGAUAUUGUUAAAUCAUCCCUUGUUGACAUGUAUACAAAAUGUGGAUCAGUUGAUACUGCAAGAUUGGUUUUUGACUCAAUCUCCUGGAAAAAUUCGGUUUCUUGGACGGCUAUUAUAUCUGGGUAUGCCCGUUGUGGGAGAAAAAAUGAAGCAAUUGAGCUUUUAAUGGGUAUGCCCGAGAAGAAUUUGUUUUCUUGGACUGCUUUGGUUUCUGGGUUGGUACAAAGUGGACAUGGGAUUGAUGCAUUUAGUCUCUUUAUUGAAUUGAAAAGAGAAGGAGUUGAUAUCGUAGACCCGUUUAUUCUUUCAAGCAUUAUUGGAGCUUCUGCUAAUUUAGCGUCAUUGGAGCUAGGGAAACAGAUCCAUUGCUUGGUUUUAAUUCUUGGUUAUGAAUCUAGCUUGUUUGUUAGUAAUGCAAUGGUCGAUAUGUAUGCAAAAUGUAGUGAUUUAUUAGCUGCAAGGAGCAUUUUUUGUUGUAUGCAGAGAAAAGAUGUGGUUUCUUGGACUUCAAUUAUAGUUGGGAUGGCCCAGCAUGGGCGAGCCAAGGAAGCCUUGUCACUAUAUGAUGAGAUGAUUUUGGCUGGUCAAAAGCCUAAUGAAGUGACAUUUGUUGGACUAAUUUAUGCUUGUAGUCAUGUUGGGUUAGUCAGCAAAGGUCGAUAUCUUUUCAAAUCCAUGAUCAAUGAUUAUGGAUUAUAUCCUUCUCUUCAGCAUUAUACAUGCUUGUUGGACCUUUUUAGUAGAUCUGGACACCUUGAAGAGGCUGAGAAUCUCCUCAACACAAUGCCAUUAAAACCUGAUGAAGCUGCUUGGGCUGCUUUAUUAAGUGCUUGUAAGCGGCAUGGGAAAACCAAAAUGGGAAUUAGGGUAGCUGAUCAUCUAAUGACCUUGGAACCAGAGGAUCCUUCAACAUUUGUAUUGUUAUCUAAUACUUACGCAGGGGCUGCUUUGUGGGAAAAUGUAUCUAAAGUGCGGAAGUUGAUGGUAGUUAUGGAAGUCAAGAAGGAACCUGGUUAUAGUUGCAUUUGUUUGGGAAAGGAGAGUGAAGUAUUUUAUGCAGGGGAGACAACACAUCAUAUGAAGGAUGAAAUUUUUGGUUUGCUGAAUGAGUUGGAUGCAGAGAUGAGGCGAAGAGGUUAUGUUCCUGAUACUAGUUCGGUUUUACAUGACAUGGAGCUGCAAGAGAGGGAAAGGCAGCUCUUUUGGCAUAGUGAGAGGCUAGCUGUGGCUUAUGGGUUGCUUAAGGCUGUUCCUGGGACAGUCAUACGCAUUGUAAAAAAUCUCCGUGUUUGUGGAGAUUGCCACACAGUUCUAAAACUCAUUUCCAGCAUUGUUGAAAGGGAAAUUGUUGUGCGGGAUGCCAGCAGAUUUCACCACUUUAAUGAUGGGAAAUGUUCAUGCUGCGAUUUUUGGUAAUUGUGGAAUGUUGGUUGUGUAUUUUUAAUUCCUUCUUGGCAUAUCUGACUAGCAUUGGAG